GACUCGGGCCGGGACUUGGGCGGGACUCGAGCCGCCCUCUGCUUUAAGUGUUUCUCUCUGUUUUUGCAGCAGAAGCACACUUUGAGCUGACGUCUGAACAUGGCUUUAUUUUUGAUUUCUAUUCUUUUAGGCAGCAUCUUCAUCCUCCCACUCCUCCUCAGGACCCUGUCCCCCCUCCUGUGGAUGGACCUGGUCUAUAUGCGGGAUUUGUUGGGGAUUCUGGUCUCGAACACGAGAUGGAGUAGGAGGAGACCCCCCUUCUUCGUCCUGGAUCGGUUCUUGGAGCAAAGCGCGGCGUUUCCUCACAAACCCUUCAUCGUGUUCAGAGAAGAAAGUUUCUCUUUCUCCGAGACGGACAGGAGGAGCAACAAGGUGUCCCGGGCCCUGCAGACCCAGUCCGGGUUCCGACCCGGGGACACCGUGGCUCUGUUCAUGGGGAACGAACCCGCCUUCCUGUUCACCUGGCUGGCUUUGGCCAAACUGGGCUCUCCUGUCGCCCUGCUGAACUCCAACAUCCGGAAAAGAUCCCUGCUGCACAGCUUCAGCUGCUGCCAGGCGUCUGUGCUCAUAGCAGCYGAAGAACUGAAGGAGGCAGUGAAGGACGUCCUGCCGUCUCUGCUGGACCAGGGAGUCCUGGUCCUCCUGAUGUCCAAAGACUCGGACACAGCAGGGAUCCAGAGCUUCUGGGAUCAGAUCGAAGAGGCUUCCGACGCUCCGAUCCCUCGGUCCCUCAGAUCUCACAUCACAUUAAAAAGUCCAGCUGUCUACAGCUACACGUCUGGGACCACCGGUCUUCCUAAAGCAGCUGUGAUCACCCAGAAACGGCUCCUGACAAUUAUGGCGGUUUUAUCUACGUACGGGGUGACAUCAGAGGACGUGAUGUACGCCAACCUGCCGCUGUACCACACUGCCGGCUUCCUGGUGAGCUUCAUYGGCUCCUUUCAUUCAGGGUCAACUAUGGUUCUAAAGAGGAAGUUUUCUGCCUCUCAGUUCUGGGACGACUGCAGGAAACACCAGGUGACCGUGGUUCAGUACAUCGGAGAGGUGAUGCGUUACCUGUGCAGCGCCCCGAAGAAAGACAACGACAGGGACCACCGGGUCCGGCUGGCCAUCGGGAAUGGCAUCAGAGCCGAAAUCUGGAAGGAGUUUCUCAGUCGCUUCGGAAACAUUCAGAUUUUAGAGUUUUAUGCCUCCACUGAAGGAAACAUCGGCUUUCAGAACUACGCCGGAAAGAUCGGCGCCGUUGGACGGGUCCACUUCUUGCACAAAAUGCUUUUCUCGUACGCUCUGAUAAAAUACGACACGGAGCGAGAAGAACCGACGCGAGACUCUGACGGUCUCUGCAUCCAGGCAGCUAAAGGCGAAACCGGACUGCUGGUUUCAAAGAUCACAGAGKUCACUCCGUUUGAAGGCUACGCCCAGAACCAGGAGCAAACAGAGAAGAAGAAACUCCGUAACGUCCUGAAAAAAGGAGACGUUUACUUCAACACCGGGGAUCUGAUGAGGAUCGAUGAGGAGAACUUUAUUUACUUUCAGGAUCGAGUCGGUGACACCUUCAGGUGGAAAGGCGAGAACGUGGCAACGACCGAAGUGUCUGACAUCAUGUCCAUCAGCGGCUGUCUGCAGGAAGCAAACGUUUACGGAGUUCAAGUUCCAGGACAUGAGGGGCGUGUCGGGAUGGCAGCUGUUACCUUGAAGAAAGGUUCAGAGUUUGAUGGAAGAAGAAUCUAUAAUCAUGUGAUUAACUACCUGCCUUCAUACGCUCGGCCUCGUUUCAUCAGGGUACAGACCUCAGUGGAAGUCACCUGCACGUUUAAGCAGACGAAAAUGAAGCUGGUGGAGCAGGGUUUUGAUCCAGGWAGUAUCCAGGACCCUGUCUACUUCCUGGAUGACAGAGUUCAGAGCUACGUUCCUYUGAGCGCUGAGACCUACGAGUCCAUCAGAUCAGGAACCCUCAGACUCUGAGCUCCUCCAGGUUCUGCUCAGUGCAGGAAAUAAAAUAAAAUAUUUCAUCCAUCCA